AUGGAAAAGACUCCUCGCGACCCUACGCAGGCUGCCAUGUCUGGGCCUGUCUCCGCCGUCCCAACCGAACUGCCCACGCCUCAGGAUGUCGGCUUCUUUUCCGGUCCCGGCCAGCACAAAUAUCAAUUCAACAUGCAAGACGUCGGCUCUCCUGAUUCGCAGCAAUAUGCCAUUACCCGGCACAGCCAACUCAUUCAGCGCACUUCCUCCGCUGCUGAGCUCGGCGAUCCAGGCGCUACUGCCAUAAGCACCAACCUCCAGAGCAGCACCGUCCUGGCGGCCGUAUUCAACCACGGCAUAGUCACACCAGGUCAAAGCCCUGCGAGUUACGACGGCUUCAUCGACGAGGAUAUCGUGAGCAUGCUCAUGUUUUCAGAUACGUGGAACACACACUCAGAUUUCGCUCUACCAUCGCAGCUCCUGCCACCACAAUCGCCUCCGCGACCUCAAACCAACCCAUUUGAUGACUGUAGUGGCUUAUUUGGCCACGAUUCCCCUUUGCCAAAAUUUCCUCGGCCAGCAGAUGGUGAAGUCAAUAGUUAUGUCAAAUUCAAUUGGCCUCGACCACCGCUGCAGCGCCAAUGCCCUGCACCACAGGCCUCUACCAGUACUCUCUUGGCAGGAAGCAGUUCAACCUAUCGAAGAUCAUCAAACCUGCCGCCGUCCCAAAUCGGCGCAUCUCUUCCAUCACCAGCAAGAAGCUUCCGAUCAUGUUAUCAGAAUGAUAUCACAACGGUCCCGCAACUCCUCCUGCCACAAUUCGGGCAUAAUGCUCGGAUGGACUCCACGGACAGAAAGCUGUUCCAAUUUUGUAAGUUCUGCUUUCGACAUAUCUCACUAGAAAUCCGUUCUAACUCUUUACCUUUGAGACACCCACAAUUGGUGCCCGGGAAGAAGUUUGUUGAAGAAGACCAACCCGUGGCUCUUCGCUAG